AUGCGCUAUCACAGCAUCAUCACAACACUUUGCCUUGCUGCAACCUCCCUCUCAAACCCUACAUAUCCUUUCUCCACACCGCAAAAUCCCCUCCUCACACCAUCCGCGGAAGAAGCAGAUCGCAACAUCUCCCUCGCUCUCUUCGCGGACCUCGAGGAACUUUCUAGGGUCGUGGAUAUCUCCUACUGCGUGGGACUGACGGGGAUCCAACACCCAUUCCUGUGCGCGAGUCGAUGUGAGGAUUUCCCGAACUUUGAGUUGGUGGAUACGUUUAAUACGGGUCCGUUGAUGAGUGAUAGUUGCGGGUAUAUUGCUCUUGAUCAUGGACGUGAGAAGGGGGGGAGGAAGAGAGUCCUGGUGGCUUUCAGAGGCACGUAUAGUAUUGCUAAUACGAUUGUGGAUUUGAGUACGGUGCCGCAGGAGUAUGUUCCUUAUCCUGAGCAACCAGGGAAUGGGACGGGCAAGGGGGUUGAUGGUAAACCGAGAAGGGGGGGCAGAUGGAGGUGGAGGUUUUGGAGGCCUUGGAGAUGGGGUGAGGAGGAAGAGGUGAGGGUAGAGGGUGAGGAGGAGACGCCCAAGUGUAUGAAUUGCACGGUACACACGGGAUUCUGGACUUCCUGGUCGAAUACGAGGGAACUAGUCAUACCACACAUCCUACGACUAAGAGACCAAUAUCCUGAUUACAAACUCGAUCUCGUAGGCCACUCCCUUGGUGGCGCCGUCGCUGCACUCGCAGGUCUGGAAUUCAACGGUAUGGGCUUCGAUCCUCGAAUCACCACUUUUGGCGAACCGCGAAUGGGGAACGAGGGGUUGAGAGAUUACCUUGAUGCCGUCUUCAACCUCCCCAACUCGGAUUCCAAGAAGAAAGGAAAAGAGGAACAGAACCAACAUCUUCACUCCGGCCGCUACAGAAGAAUAACCCACAUUGACGACCCCGUCCCCCUCCUCCCUCUCCAGGAAUGGGGCUACCGCGCCCACGCAGGCGAAAUCUACAUCUCGAAGCCCUCCCUCCAACCUACCGUCUCCGACGUCCAUCUCUGCCUCGGCGACGGGGACGUAAACUGCAUCGCCGGCGCGGAAGUAGACGAGGAUUGGUUCGAUACCACACGUACCAUGAACCGACCACAGAUUGGCGAUGAGGUACCCGAGGAUGAGGAGAUGAGGCUCCUGGGGAAGAGGUGGGGAAUCCCCAUCCCGGCCAGGUAUAAGAUGUGGCAGCUCUUUUUUGCGCACCGGGAUUACUUUUGGAGGUUGGGUCUUUGUCUUCCUGGUGGUGAUCCGUUGGAUUGGGGGAGGGAACGGUAUCGGUUUGGGGAUGGGGAUGGGGGUGAGGUCGAGGGGAGGGAGGAUUUGUAG